AUGGCACCAAUUUUAGAUUGCAUGAAGGCUAGUAAGUUUUUGUGGACAACUGAAGCCACAAAGGCGUUUCAUCAGAUCAAGGAAAAGCUUACUACAGUGCCUAUUCUAGCUCUUCCUGAUUUCUCUCAACCAUUUAAGUUACAUUGUGAUGCAUCCAAGGUUGGAAUUGGAGCUAGUUCUUAUUUGGCCUAUUAUGAGUUUGUCCUCUAUUCUGAUCAUGAUGCUUUAAAGCAUAUCAAUAGCCAAGACAAGCUCUCAUCUCGGAAUGCAAUUUGGGCUGCUUAUAUUCAACAAUUUUCUUUUGUCAUCAAGCAUAAAUCCGGAGCAUUGAAUAGAGUGGCAGAUGCUCUUAGUCGAUGGGCCUCUUUGCUCAUCACAAUGCAAACCAAAGUGCUGGGGUUUGAUUUAUUUCAUGAGUUGCUUUCUAGUGACCCAUACUUUGGCCCUAUACUGAAUGAUGUGGCAACAAGAAAGCGGUUCGACCUCCUUAUACACAAUGGUUUCCUUUUUAAAGGGAAUCAACUAUGCAUUCCUGAUAGUAGCCUACGCUUAAGGGUUAUUCAAGAGUUGCAUAAUGAAGGCCAUAUGGGACGUGAUAAAACCAUGAAGCUUGUGACAAACUCUUACUUUUGGCCAACCAUGCGAAAGGAGAUUACCAAGUUUGUUGAGAGGUGUCGUAUUUGUCAAGUUUCCAAGGGCACUACAACCAAUGUUGGCCUAUAUAUGCCUCUUCCCAUACCAGACCAGCCAUGGAUUUCAUGUCAGUAUGGAUUUUAUCUUGGGAUUACCGCAUACACAACGAGGUAA